UCCUGACAGAGCGCGCGGCGGCGCGGGCGCUGAGGUGUUCGGGACGCCGUCGCCCUCGCGGCCUCGGCUGAGGGUCGCUGCUGCUACGCCCGGCGACGCUGCUUGGAAGCCGCGGAGGCUGAGGAGCGGUGGAGUGGUGGCUCUGGAGGAGACCGAGUGGAACCGACCUACUGCAACUCGUCGUCUCGCCGGGCGCUACCGGGGCGGGCAGCCGCUUCUGAGCAUCGCGCCGGGGCGCGGGCAUGGCAGAACCCACCUUGCAGCUUCUCUGCAGUGUGGCUCGCCAGAUCCACUCCCGGGAAUGAAGAGGAGACUCGCGAUCACCCGGUGAGGCACGGCGAGCCAAAUGGCGAGAAGAUCUUACGGGACAGAAACCAGCGAUCGCUUGGGAGGUCACACAGGCUUCUGGAUGUAAUCGGAGAGCAUGAAAGAGGUGGCCUCGUAAAUAAUAAUAGAAAAGCACAACAAUCCUUUGAGAGGAGGGAAAUUGAGUUUAUUUAUUCAUUUUUUGCCGAGAUUUUGAGAAAUGGUUCGAUGUGUUGUACAUUUGAUAUAAGAUGAGAACUUUAUAAAGUAUUUCGUCCAAGAGCCUAAACGAUGACUACCCCAGCGCUGCUGCCCCUUUCUGGUCGUAGGAUACCACCUCUGAACCUGGGGCCUCCCUCCUUCCCCCAUCACAGGGCUACCUUGAGACUCUCCGAGAAGUUUAUCCUUCUCCUCAUCCUUAGUGCCUUCAUCACCCUGUGUUUUGGGGCAUUCUUCUUCCUUCCAGACUCUUCAAAACACAAACGCUUUGAUCUGGGCUUAGAAGAUGUGUUAAUUCCUCACGUAGAUGCCGGCAAAGGAGCUAAAAACCCCGAAGUCUUUCUGAUCCAUGGACCCGACGAACACAGACACAGGGAAGAAGAAGAGCGUCUGAGAAAUAAGAUUAGAGCCGAUCAUGAGAAAGCCCUGGAAGAAGCAAAAGAAAAAUUAAGAAAGUCAAGAGAGGAAAUCCGUGCAGAAAUUCAGACAGAGAAAAAUAAAGUAGCCCAAGCAAUGAAGACAAAAGAGACCAGGGUACUGCCACCCGUCCCUGUCCCACAGCGUGUAGGGGUCAGCGGUGGGGAUCCAGAAGACACAGAGAUCAGGAAGAAAAGAGACAAAAUUAAAGAGAUGAUGAAACAUGCCUGGGAUAAUUACAGAACGUACGGAUGGGGACAUAAUGAGCUCAGGCCUAUUGCAAGGAAAGGACAUUCCACUAACAUAUUCGGAAGCUCACAGAUGGGUGCCACCAUCGUGGAUGCUUUGGAUACCCUUUAUAUCAUGGGGCUUCAUGAUGAAUUCAUGGAUGGGCAGAGAUGGAUUGAAGAAAACCUUGAUUUCAGUGUGAAUUCAGAAGUGUCUGUGUUUGAAGUUAACAUUCGUUUUAUUGGAGGGCUCCUUGCUGCAUAUUACCUGUCUGGAGAGGAAAUAUUCAAGACUAAAGCAGUACAGUUGGCUGAGAAACUCCUUCCUGCCUUUAACACACCUACUGGGAUUCCCUGGGCAAUGGUAAACCUGAAAAGUGGAGUAGGUCGAAACUGGGGCUGGGCGUCUGCAGGCAGCAGCAUCCUGGCUGAAUUUGGCACCCUGCACAUGGAAUUUGUGCACCUCAGCUACUUGACUGGUGACCUGACUUACUAUAAUAAGGUCAUGCACAUUCGGAAACUACUACAGAAAAUGGAACGCCCAAAUGGUCUUUAUCCAAAUUAUUUAAACCCAAGAACAGGGCGCUGGGGUCAGUAUCAUACAUCAGUUGGUGGUCUGGGAGAUAGUUUUUAUGAAUACUUACUGAAAGCAUGGCUGAUGUCAGAUAAAACAGACCACGAGGCAAGAAGGAUGUAUGACGAUGCUGUUGAGGCUAUAGAAAAGCAUCUUAUUAAGAAGUCCCGGGGAGGUCUGGUCUUUAUUGGAGAAUGGAAGAAUGGACACUUGGAAAGGAAGAUGGGUCAUUUGGCCUGCUUUGCUGGGGGAAUGUUUGCACUUGGAGCAGAUGGUUCCAGAAAGGAUAAAGCUGGUCACUAUUUAGAACUAGGGGCAGAAAUUGCACGAACAUGUCAUGAGUCAUACGACAGAACUGCAUUAAAACUAGGUCCUGAGUCAUUCAAGUUUGAUGGUGCAGUGGAAGCCGUGGCUGUGCGGCAAGCUGAAAAGUAUUACAUCCUUCGUCCAGAAGUAAUUGAAACCUAUUGGUAUCUAUGGCGAUUCACCCACGACCCAAGAUACAGGCAAUGGGGCUGGGAAGCAGCACUGGCGAUUGAGAAGUCCUGCCGAGUCAGCGGUGGGUUUUCUGGAGUCAAAGAUGUAUACUCCCAGACCCCUGCGCAUGAUGACGUGCAGCAGAGCUUUUUUCUUGCUGAAACAUUAAAAUACUUGUACCUGCUGUUCUCUGGUGAUGACCUUCUACCUUUAGACCACUGGGUGUUUAACACAGAGGCUCACCCUCUGCCGGUGUUACAUUUAGCCAACACCACUCUUUCAGGUAACCCUGCUGUUCGAUGAGCACAGCUCCAGAAGGACCAUUCUUACCUGUGUUUUGUUUACAUGGACCACUAUAGAAAUUGUCUGGAGAGGCGCCUUUUGAAAACCUGGACCUCUUCGUCAGUAUGCCGGAUGAGACUCUUCCCUGCAAGACUUUUCACUUGUAGAUAUAUCAACUUUGAAAUUAUUCCAUUUUAUACCUGACCAAAACAUGUUCUGGUACACGUAGGACAGAGACCUGAUGUGUUUUGAUUCUUAAUGAGAUGGCCACAUGAGAAACAAUGUCUUAUUCUAUACUGUCAGUGCAAGUCAAGAACGUAGAGCACCUUACAGGAGCUAGAGAUGGCUUUUUGAACCAGUUAUACAUUUGUUUCCUCCCACCAUGGAGCAGCUUUCAAAUCAAAUAUAACACAUUGCAUAGCCCCUUUCCUCCAUUUUAAUAAUGGAACAAACUGAAUGAACAUGAACAGAGGAACAGUGUAACUACAUUGUAGCAAGAAGACUUGGGAAAGAAACAGAUACUGUCCCUGUCUGAAUUUUCAAGCUCCUCAUUGGAUUUUUACCAGACUGGCAGCCAUUUCAUUCCCAAUCUAGUCAUUGAAAUCUGUUUAGAUUUAGUUUUUCUCUGAGGGGCAUGAUCUCAUGAAGAAUACUUUUCAAGUCUUUGUCUCCGUAUGAUAUCACUGAACCUGGUAUUUAUCAUAACUGCUGCUUAUGAGCCCGAGUGAGGGAGUGUGCAUGUCGCUCACGCUAGUGUUGGGAAAGGAGGGAAAGUGCCAGAUUGUUGCCUUGAAACCUGUUCUAGAGAAAUCCCUGAUUUUGUUGGUAGGAAAUUAUUCUUCUGAACCAGCAACUGUAUCAAGCAAACAUUUUCUGCUUUAAUCUCAUAACACAGUUAAUAAGUCAUUCACCUUACAACUUCAUGUGGCUUGGCAGAAUUGACUGUACUGUUAUGCAGCUCUGUACUUGCUAGAACAAGCCUAAUCGCUUUUACGACUUACUAAAGCAAAGGCAAAACAUCACAGUGUCCCUUGAGCAGGGUCAGGUCCUUUACUUGUUACCUCACACGUGUGAGCUACUCACAAAGAGUUAAGGUUUUUAAGUUUCUCCAAGAUAUUAUACAUCCAAAGAAUUAUUAGAAUAGCUUCAAAAUACUUUUCAGUGGCAAAUGUGUGAUGUAAAGAUGACUCACUAAAACAGACAUAAACCUAAGGGACUUAUAGAUCGUGCAUUGACUAUUUUUGUUGUUGUUAUUGCUCUAUAUUUUGGCAGAAAAAAAGGUAAAUUUUUAUCAAGAACUAUAAUAGAAGAUAAAUAGUGAUGCUUAUAAAUUUUCUGUCCCUUGAAUUUCUGUGACAAUUCAAGACACUUUCUUUCAUUUAGUAUAGACGUCAUCUGUUGAUGACAAUAAAAUCUGAGAAUGAGAACGCUAUAGUUGAAUAUUUCAUGAAACACUUUGUUUAUGAACUCUACUGUGGAUUUCUGAAAACUUAUUUCCCUUAGUUGAUAGUUUUUCUUUUUAUCCCAGUACUAGCUUAUAGCAGAUUUAAACUGUGGAAAAGAAUAUAAUUGGACAUGUUAUAUGUAAGGUGACCGACCAUCUUACACCGUAAGUCAUUAUCUGAUCCUCAGAGCUCAGCCAGUACUCUAUGAACUUGCCACCUCAGCCUUGUUCAGUGUUUAUAAAAGACAACAUGUAGAGGGUGAAUUCUAGCACAUUUCAAAACCAUAAUGUCUUUUCCUACUUGACAUUUUAAAACUGUAAAUGAGAAAGGUAGAUGGCUAUUAUUUUAGAAAAGAAAGAUGAGGUUUUGGUUCUCAGAAAAAAAAAAAGUGAGACUUCCUCAAACAGCACAAGCCCGCUCCCAAGUCAAAAUAAAGUGAGAAACUGGAGGUGCCAAAGACCAGCAAGCAGGGGACCCUCUGUUCACACUCAUGCAGUAAAGGCGCCAUCUUGGUUCCCCGGGAAUGCUCAAAGGAGAUGAGAGUCCUACCCCCACCCAGUGCUCUGUAUUGUCCAUGUGAUCCUGGAGCAGAAGAGAGAAGGCCCAGGUGUGAGCAAGGUUUGGUUCACACAAAGAUCUUAAGACUGUCAUUUGACCUUGCCCACCCUUGUGAUAAGAACUAGAGCUUGUAACAAUGCUUUUUCUUCAUUGAAUACCAAAGGCAAUUAAAGUCAGGUACAAAUGACUUGCCAGUGUCAUGUUUUAUUUUGUUAAUAGAAUUUUUUAAAUAUUUUUUUCAAAAAUCUACCAUUAUCCCAUAUUUUGUUUACUUUUUAAGUGUGUGUUUUCUUCCAUCCUUCAUAUCCUUGGCGUUUGUAAACUUUAGUGCUUUAGACUCCAUAUCAUUGUAUUUAUAAACCCUGAAAAGAACCCAGAAAUGCUCACUAACUGAUGUCUCUCCAAAGAGCUGGCACCUCACCUUCAGCUUUGGGCAGAGUCAUACAGAAUAAAUAAUACAUGAAAGUAGGGGCUGUUGAGCACCUUCUACUUGCAGAUGUAUUGCUCAUUUUAGAAUCAUACCUUUUGUUUCAAACCUGAGUUUUAGAAAAUAAAUGAACCAAUAUGAAGCUCUUAAAACUAAGAAAUGAGCCCUUCAUCAAGAAGUCUCACUGCAGAAAAGCAAGUCCUGAGUUGAAGGUUCUUUCUUCCAGGUGGCUGCACAUUUUGUAUGCCUCUAAUCCCAGCCUGUUCUUGUCCUUCAGCUAGGGUAUACAUGCACAGAAAGGUCUGGGUAUUAGACGAAUGCAUUCUUUUUACAGAAUAUUGCCCCUGAUUCCCUAUGAUGUCAUCUAGGGCGCCAAGGCUUCCCUUGGCAGGUUUUAAACAAGCCAUCUAGGUCAUGAUCCUCAGCUUCUCAUCCUUUCCACUCAUUACCAAAGUCUUUGUCAAACUCUGAAUUUGUUGAUAAAGAUUGAUGAUGCAGUCUCCACUCUGACGGAUGUCUCUGAGCGAUGCAUUCAUGAGAGAAUGAGUGAAUAAGCAGGUACAGAGCAUGGCAUAUGUGCCAAGCUCUGCCUGGCACCACCCCCACCUUACAGCAUAUCAUGUGAUCCCAGUAGCAUCUUCUGUAUGAGAGUGCUCCAUGGCAUCUUAAAUGUUCUCCAAAAUGAAUCAUGUUUCAAAAUCCUUAAUUUUAUAUUUCAUUUAAAUUAAAAAGGAAGAUAAAAGGUUUAUAAUAUAUUUUAAACGUGGUUCCUAUAUAAUACUAACAACAAUAAUUGUAGUUAACAACUAAGGUCUCUUGAAAAAUGUCAAAGAAAUAUUUGAUUUCUGCUGCAUCUUUGACUAAAAUAUUUACUUUAGAAAUAAAAACAUUCGUAUUUUGUUAUUACUUUAAUUACUUGAUUAGAAUCAAUAUUUUGUAGAAGUCUGCGUUACUUUAUAUUUAAAAAAAAUGUUCCUUAAUUCAUGGGUAUACCUUGCAGUUGUAAAUUAUUUUUUCUGUAGUAUACUUCCUAAUAAUUUCUUGCAUAUAAAGAGAAUGUACUAGAAUUUCUCUAACCCAGUUACUGAGUAUAAUAUAACUUCAGGUUCCUCCUUUUCUCUGGGCUCUUUAUCCUGGGCCUGGCUGGCUCCCGCCUCAUCUGCCUUUUGCUUACUGUGUAUAUAUACAGUUACACACAGAUCUGGAAUAUGGUCUGCUCACUGAUAGGCAGGUGAUAAUUGCUGUAGGCUAUACAGUCUGUCUGCAGAGUAUUUAAGCAGUCAACAUCUGACCAGGAGCUGUUUCGAGUCACUCAUUGUGGUUCUGGGACACUGGGAAGCAUGCUUCUGUUCUUCAGCUCACCCAUACCCCAAUGCAAGUAUUCUUUUUUGUUCUGUACACAGCCAGCAAGCUUGUCUGUAAACGGCCAGAUAGUGUUUUAAGGUCUGCAAGUCGUGUAGCUCUCUUAUUACUCAUUUCUGCUGUUACAGCAUAUAAUAUGCAAAUAUAUGAGUGGCGCUGUGAUGCAAUAAACAUUUAAAAAAAAUAAAAGACAGAUGGAGGCCUGGAUUUAUCCCUUACGUCACAGCUGCUGACCUCAGUCCCGAAUUUAAUUUCUUAAAACCCUCUAACCUUUAACCUGCAUCUUUUCUCUUUUUUAUUUGCAUAAUUCACUUUAAAGCAGAAAUAUGUGUGUAUGUACACAUGUAUAUAUUUGUGUCACCUAAAGCUGUAUAUUUUGCUCUCUUGAAAGUAGAUAUGUUUUCAGGGUCUCUUCAGGUUUUAGAAUAUGAUUGUCAUGAAAGAGGCAGAAUGGAGGAUAGGCUUUCGGCACCUGUCUCUGUCUUGUUGUUCAAUGUCAUAAUUCCAGACUGCUCAUGAAAAAAUAAUCUGUAUGGCAUCAGAAUACUCAUUUCUAACUUUACCUGCUGACUGACCCUUGGACCAAGACUUUGCAAUGUAGGAAUGUAUGCACUCUCUUCUUUUAGAGCUUUCAGAUGAGAACGUAGUAGAAUUCUGGAUCUUGGUGCUGUAGAAAACAAUCUUUUGGCAAACUGUGGGCAACACAAAAUGAGUUAUGUGCCCAGUGCACCCCCUGGUACAGCCAUGGCUAGUAUGUAGGGUGCUCACUGCUGUUACCCCUAGAGCAGUGUAAGUCUGCGUGAAGGUAUGUUCCCAGAGGUACGCCCCCUUCUUGCUUCAUUUCAUGACGUUCCACAAUGCUUUCACAAGUAUGCCAGUAUGCCUCACUUUGCAGUCAGAGCAUCCUUCAACCUCAGCUUUACACUUGCACUGUUUAACAGCCAAUCAACAGCUGCAGGACCCACAAAAGGUAAACGUAUGUGGUAUCAUCACUAGUAUAUAUGUUGUGGUGUGCCGGGGCCUGAUGGGCAGUAAACUUUCCAUGAUGCUUAUCCAACACUUCACUGUUUUCAGCAAUGAAACCUGUAUUUGGAAGGAUGGGCAGAGAGAGCUCAUCUCAGCCUUUUGUCAUUGGCAUAGAUGAACUGCCUUUCAGGCCCUGCCUACUCAGAAGUCACUUCCGCUCUAUGUGCAUGUGAGCUUCACUACUCCAGAAACACUCAGAACAUACAUGCAGAGUAAUAGGCAGACACCGUGCAGUAACUUGUAUGCUACAGAAUCCUGUAUAUUGCACACUAGAAAACCAUGAAAAGCAGAGCUCUUUAUUGACAGAAACUUACAAGUUCACUUUUGCUGGGUUAACUAGAUACAGUAUUUCUAAUUAUAAUUGUUGGUUUCGAAGUUGAAAUGCCAUUCUUUAUUCUCACUGGCCUCAAAUUCACUGAUAACUUUUCCCUAAACUAAUAUGUGGGUAAGUAUAACCUGUGUUAUUACCCACUGGCUGCUCCUAAACUGGUUUCCAGUCAUGUCCUCCAUAAUGUGAUUUUUUUAUAAAUCAAAGGUAAUAUUGUAUAUUGAAGAUCAAAUAAAGAUGUUCUUUAAGUGAAAAGU